ACAUCAGCACCAAGCGGGAAGGAGCGGGCUGCUGCUGGAGAAGCGGUCUCAGCUGCUGUCUACUUUUCUUUCAUCAUUUAGCUAGCAAGCAGCUAGCGGGCUAGCUAAAUAAAUAAGCAGCAACCGAAGACUGAACAUGCCGAGGGAAAUCAUAACGCUCCAGCUCGGACAAUGUGGAAAUCAAAUCGGUUUUGAGUUUUGGAAGCAGCUGUGUGCAGAGCAUGGCAUUAGUCCAGAGGGGAUUGUUGAGGAGUUUGCGACUGAAGGGACCGACAGGAAGGACGUUUUCUUCUACCAGGCUGACGAUGAGCACUACAUCCCCCGUGCAGUCCUCCUGGAUCUGGAGCCAAGGGUGAUCCACUCCAUCCUCAACUCUCCUUAUGCCAACCUGUACAACCCAGAGAACAUCUACCUGUCAGAGCACGGUGGAGGUGCUGGGAACAAUUGGGCAAGUGGAUAUUCACAGGGCAAAAAAAUCCAAGAGGACAUCUUUGACAUCAUUGACCGGGAGGCAGAUGGCAGUGACAGUCUGGAGGGAUUUGUCCUGUGUCACUCCAUUGCAGGGGGCACAGGUUCUGGGCUGGGAUCCUAUCUGCUGGAGAAACUCAACGACAGAUACCCAAAGAAGCUGGUGCAGACUUACUCUGUUUUCCCAAACCAGGAUGAGAUGAGUGAUGUGGUCGUUCAGCCGUACAACUCGCUGCUCACACUUAAGAGGCUCACCCAGAACGCAGACUGCGUGGUGGUGUUGGAUAACACGGCUUUAAAUCGCAUCGCCACAGACAGGCUGCAUAUCCAGAACCCCUCGUUCUCCCAGAUCAAUCAGUUGGUUUCUACCAUCAUGUCUGCAAGCACAACCACCCUGCGUUACCCGGGCUACAUGAACAACGACCUUAUUGGCCUGAUUGCAUCCCUCAUCCCCACACCUCGCCUCCACUUCCUUAUGACUGGCUACACACCACUUACUACUGAUCAGUCAGUUGCUAGUGUGAGGAAAACCACAGUGCUGGAUGUGAUGAGGAGGCUUCUGCAACCCAAAAACGUGAUGGUGUCCACAGGAAGGGAGAGGCAGCCAAGCCACUGCUACAUCGCCAUCCUUAACAUCAUCCAGGGAGAAGUCGACCCAACACAGGUGCAUAAAAGCCUCCAAAGGAUCCGGGAGCGUAAACUUGCCAGCUUCAUUCCUUGGGGUCCCGCCAGCAUCCAGGUGGCUUUGUCCAGGAAGUCCCCGUACCUGCCCUCGGCCCACAGAGUCAGCGGCCUGAUGAUGGCCAACCACACAAGCAUCUCCUCUCUGUUUGAGCGGACGUGCCGGCAAUACGACAAAUUGCGUAAGCGUGAGGCCUUCCUGGAGCAAUUCCGCAAAGAGGACAUAUUCAAGGACAACUUUGAUGAGUUGGACAACUCUCGUGAAGUGGUCCAGCAGCUGGUGGAUGAGUACAGCGCAGCCACGCGACCUGACUACAUCUCCUGGGGCACACAGGAACAGUAAACUGAAACUUUUGUCUCAACUACAACUCAGUCAGCAUACAUGCUUAGCUGCUUUAUCCCAACUCAGUUUAUGUCCCUUCUUCACUUUUCAGAAUAUUUCCUCUUACAUGUAGGUGUCCCAAAAUAGACAGGUAUUUGGCUAUAGCUGCUUCUCUGAAAGAAAUAUUUAUUGGGUUGUUGUAGCAUUAAAUAGUUUAGUGUGUUUGUGUCUCACAGUUGAAAAGGAACUUCGGGAUAGGUGUUAAUGGCCACUGUUAUUGUUAUUACAUUUACCAAAAAGUAUAAUGGACUGGACUAUAUCACAUACUGGACAUUCUCAAACCCAGUUUAAAUAAGCAAUCCUUACCUAAUAGUGCAGUGAUGUAAAAGCACGUCUGUGCAGAACGCAUCAAAAUAUAUUGUACAGAACAAUCUAUAAAUGUCUGUUGAUAGUUGUUUUUUUUUUCCUUUUUUCCUAAAUUCAACUUUCCCACCUUCUAGCCAUUUUUUUUUCAGAAAUGUUAAGACAACCUGUUGCCUUGUUUCUGUCUAUUUUUAUACUGAGUAAAGUACUUUGUGCAGUUGAUUUACAGUAAAACAUCCACCGCCUACAAAAUGAUUGCCUUGAAUAAUGGGAGUGCUAUUGAAAGUUUGAUGCAUGGUGGUUAAUGCAGGUUCUUGCAUCCAAGACAUUUCUGUCAAGGUGCUUUGUACAGUCUGUCUGCUGCUGAUACACAUUGUUCAUUUGUUAGCGCUGUACAUGACCAACAGGAAUGUCAAGUUGAAGUUAGGAUUGUGUCAGAAACAAUGCUAAAGCACCUGCCAUAAGAACGACGUUGACAUUUUGACAUCAUUUGCCGCCUACAGUAGAGAAAGUUUGCACAGAUGAACAUGGUGUAGGAGGAUAGAGUUCAUUUUAACACACUUUAACAUCUCUAUGCCUGUAAAUAUACUUUAAAGAACAGCAGGUUUACUGGCUGUAUCGUCUAAAAUGAAUAUACUGUUUCACGUUGCUUUGCUUGUUGGACCUGUUGAAAUGAUGAAUAAACACAUUUUCUAUUGCUUUCCA